UUCGUGGCGUGUGGACGUGUGCCGUUGUGCAGCGUGUAUUAUCUCAAAACCUUGUAGCGCAAGGCCCCUGUUUGCCCCGCCGAGUGCAAGUUUCUGUUUACCGCACGCGUGGACGCCAGUGCUGUGACAGAUAGCGUGCGUUAAGCUGCGUGUGUGCCGUGCUACCGGUGCAGCCUACUUCAAACGUCAAAUCGAGCGGCGCGUGCCAGAGGGACUAUGUACAGUAGCGUUGUGACGUGACGCGGCCCACGACAGCAGCAGCGCUCCAGCCCAGCAGCCACGAGCCGGCGCCGCAACCUCCCAUGUUGAAGGCUAUGGUCGCGGGGCAGCCGGUGGAAAACCAUAAUGACAUGUAUUGCUCUCCAUAUGACUACUACCCGGCCGACUUCUACCCGCAGCCGCAGGAGAUGUGCCCCGCGCACCCUCACAUGUGCGCCGUGCACGGAGACUACGGUCCGGUGACGGUGCCGAUGGUGUCGACCAACAGCUCGCCGCCCAUCGCGAUGCCGGUGCAGGUGCCGCCGGGCCACGUGGUGCAGCAGAUCGUGGACGAGAGCGGCACGCUGCGCCACGUCAUCCUGUCGCCGCAGGCCAUGCUGCCCAUGCCGCCCCCCUACGGUCCUGGCCCAGGGACUAGCUCAAACCAGCCACACCAGCCAUUCUUUGCACCACAAGGCCUACCUCCAAGUUUCCACACCCCUCAUUACGGCAAUCCUCUACAGCCUGGAGUGAUGAGUCAUGUGCCACCCUCCGCUACUACAGCCCAGCAAGGUCAUUCCCCACCUCCACUUAAUUUUCACAAAGAUGAAAGAACCCACCGCCAGUAUAUAAAACUGAAGAAGAAGCUUGAACAGAAACAGUUAAGAACUGAAAAUUUUAUUGUUGGUUCAUCUCAGGUGACACCACCUGCUUCACCUAGAAAAGAAUUAGUGAAUGGUAUGAGAAGAAGCAAGGAAAGGGGCAUGAGCAGUGUUGGCACAUCAGAAGAUGGGGAAGAAAGCAGCAGUGUACAGGAUGAUGAUGAUGAUUUUCAUGUCAUUUCUGAAAUUUUAUCUACUGUCAAACCUCCCCAGGUAGCUGAACUGAACUCUCGUAGUGCCUUAAUGCAAUGGUCACCCCCUGAGAGGCUUGCUGAUAGUGGACUGGAAGGGAAGACUGAGUUUGACAUUUCAGAGUCAGAUCUUCGUUAUGAAGUGCUUUUGAGUGACAAAGCAAAAGAAGGGAAAUACAAGAUGAUUUACAGUGGACCAUCACUUUCGUGCAGGAUUCAAGAUCUACGACCUGGGACAGAGUACUCUGUAUGUGUGGCAGUCAGUCUGGAUGAUCUGAAAGGAUCAGUAUCUAUUCCUACAACUUUCCGCACGCCACCUUGUGAACCAGAACAGCCUCUCCCUCCAAAACUGAUCAGCAGAUCUCGCACCUCUCUCUUGCUCAGAUGGAGUCCAACAGGAGACAAUGGUUCUCAUAUUACACACUAUAUUUUAGAAUAUGAUGAAGGAAAAGGUGGUGGUUUCGUAGAAGCGUACAAAAACCGGGGAAAACAGCACAAUAUGCUUAAACUUCAGCCUUCGACGUGCUACAGGUUCAGAUUAGCUGCUGUAAAUGAAUGUGGCAAAGGGCCAUAUUCAGACAUAGUUCAGUUUUCAACAUCUGGCAGUCCACCUACGGCUCCUGCUUCUCCAGUACUGAAGGAAGCGACUGUUUCAUCACUGCAUCUUGCUUGGCAGAAACGACCUAAUGAUGUUGAAUUUUGCCUGCAGAUGGAUGAUUUGGUUUCAGGACAUGGUUUCAGACCAGUUUACAAUGGACCUGAAACUCAUUAUGUCCAAGAUCGCCUUUACAGGCACACAGAAUACAAGUUUAGACUAUGUGCACAUAAUGAGGAGGGAAAUUCUCGGUGGUCGGACGAAGUGUGCUACCGUACUCUACCUGGUAGACCAGCUGUUCCUUCUAGACCAAGUGUGAAAGGUCGCAUUCAUACACACACCUUUAAAAUAAAAUGGGAACCACCAAGUGAUACUGGUGGUGCUGAAAUAACUGCCUAUACAGUGGAGCUGAAUGGUGGAAGAGGUUUUGAGAGAGUCUAUACUGGCCCAGAACUGGAGUAUGUAUGUGAUCGGCUGAUGCCUGGCACAACAUACCAAGCACGAGUCUCGUGUAGUAGUGCUGGUGGCUGCAGUGAUUACUCAGAGCCUUGCAUUGUUACGACUGAGGCAGUGUGUCCUGGGCAGUGCUCACCUCCUCGCCUACAUGGAAAGGCCCGUGCCACAUCACUUGCUUUAAAAUGGAGUGACCCUGAAUAUGAUGGUGGAUCGCCACUGACUGAUUUUGAAGUUGAAUUGACCCAGGCGGAUUCUACCAAGUGUACGGUGUAUAGAGGCAAAGAAGCUGAAUGUGUUGUUUCAGAACUUUCACCUGGUCAACUUUAUGUCUUCCAAGUCCGAGCAUUCAACAGGGUUGGUCCUGGCCCCUGGUCAGACCCUCUAGAAGUUUUGAGUGGAGCUGCACCUCCUGAGACACCCUCACCACCUCAGGUUAACUGUCGUUCCUCGCAACACGUAUUCGUCCAUUGGUUGGAGCCUGUAAGCAAUGGUGCAACUAUCACAGACUACCGCCUUGAGAUGAGUCAGUCUGACAAUGAAACUGAAUUUUGUACUGUGUUCCAAGGUCUUGCUAAUUCCUGUCAUAUCAAAGAACUAGUCCCAGCUACACCAUAUUAUUUUAGGUUGCAGGCAAGUAACAGUGCAGGUUGGAGUGGAUUUUCUGACAGCACACUAGCUGUAACACCACCCUCUUCCCCAUCAGCUGUUUGCUUGCCUCGCUACACAGCCACUCCAUUGACAAUCUCCCUCACAUGGCAACAGCCAGAUUGUCAUGGUGCUGAAAUUCUCCACUACAAUAUUGAUUUGGGUGACAGGGUUGUCACUACUUGUGGACCUGUAUUAGAACAUACAUUGGAAGGGCUACAGCCAGAAACUACUUACAGGAUAAGGAUUCAGGCUGUGAAUAGUGUUGGCCCAGGACCAUUUUGUCCUGUACUGCGAGCUUCUACCCUUCCUUUACCACCUGCACCCCCUAAACUUGAGUGUGUUGGAACUGGACAUAAUUAUCUGAAAUUUAAGUGGGGUGAUGGUAAAAACCUUGACUUCACACAGUAUAUUUUGGAAAUGGAAAAUUCUUGGUCAAAAGAAUUUCAGUGUGUGUAUCAGGGUGCCAGCCACAGUUACAAAGUUAACAGGUUGCAGGAACUAACCACAUACAGAUUUAGAAUAGCAGCUAGCAAUGAUGCAGGACAAGGGGAUUUUUCUGAUGUUGUGGAACAUACCACUUCAAGAGCACCACCACCUGCCCUUAAAGCUCCUAAGACAACUGAAAUCCAGCAGAGAAGUUGUCUGGUGGAGUGGAAUUCUUGUAAGCCAAUUGGGGCUGAUCCUGUUAUAUAUCAAGUGCAGCUUGCACGUGUAAGAGACCAGGAUUACAAGCAAGUUUAUCGAGGACCAGAAACAAAAUUGCAGCUGAAUGACCUUGAGCCUGGUACAGAUUACUGUGUAAGAGUUUGUCCAGUGAGGCAGGCAAAUUCAGGAGAUCUUCCAGGGCCAUAUUCACCCCCUGGGACAUUUUCAACAGUUGCGCCUGAACCUGUAGCUUCCCAGAUGCCAAAGUCUUCAUCUUUACAGGUGUCUGAGAGAAAGGCUCUAACAGAUCAGCAGUGGGCAAUGAUAAUAUUGUGUGGAUUUGGAUUCUUCUCAGUGUUAGUUGCUGUGAUAAUGCAACAAGCAAUUCAUUGGAGCAAAGACCAUACUUGAAUCUAACCGAUCCAGAACGAUGUAGGUUGUAAUAAUGCACCAUUAAUUACAAUGAGUUGUAUUGGUGUUGUAUUUACUUCCUCAUAUUCCACAAAAUGUGAUCAGAAAUUUUCACCUAUUUUCCUCAUGGACCAUUUUUAUAUCAUAAAACUGCUUUCCAACCAGAGCUUUUGCAUGACAAACAGAGGGAUGCAGAACAAUGUAUGUUGCAUACUCACUUGGACAGAAUGACUGUGAGAAACUACUUUUAAAUUGAAGUAACGAACUAUAUACAUGUACAUAUAAUCCUUUUGUUUUCUUAUGUGCAUUUCAUAUUUAUUUGACAGAUUAAGGUGCAGUAUAUAUUAUACUAUAAUUGAGGUGAAUAUUUGUUCAGCUAAUACCAGUGUCAUUUCUUUCGUCAAUGUCCUCAUGCUGCUGCUUUUGCCCGUUACUGCUGGCUUCAGGCGUCUUCUCCUCUUCAGUUAUCAGAAUUUUCUGUUGUGAUGUGUUACAUUGUCUUCUUAGGUCUGUUAGUAGUACGGUGCAUGAUAUUUAGUGAUACGUUGUUUAACCAUAGUCGUGCCACUGCAAUGACUGAUGGUAUGCCGUAAAACUGCAUAAGCUCUUCAAUGAUUUUAUAUUAUUUCUGAUUAAUUUUAGAGAGGGUGGCAGACUGAUACUAUUUUACUGUAAAGUACUACUGGUUAUGAAGUUGCUAUCACUGUAACUUCAAAUACUUGUUGUAACAUUCUUUUGAUUUGAAACUGGUCAUCAGCAUUCAGUUAUGUUACAACUUUUGGUGAACAAUUGUCAUAUGGCUGAGUGAUUGUCUUUUUUUAAAUGUGCCUGGAAGAUUACAGCAAAAUAUUUUUACAGUGAUUGUAAGAUCGUGAAACAUAAUUUUUGUAUUUAUUGUAAGGAAGCUUAGCACUAAAAUUAUUGAUCCUGAGUUUUUAGUAACUUUCAACAACACUGAAUUUCAAUACUUUCUGUGAAACUUUUAUCUGGUUAUGUGUAAAAAAAGGUUAAAAAUGCUUCAUAUUGUGUAAUGUACAAGGGAGUGUACAGUUCGUGUCUAAAAGUGUAAUUUUGAAUACAGAAUAGCACCUUUAUAUAUUAGAUUGUGUUCUAAUUGAGAUAACUCGCUGAACAUGAAAACAUGGAAGAAUAUAUUUUCUUAAAUAUAUAGUUUAUCCUCAUCACUGUGUUAAUAAACUACAUAUAGAUCUUUGUGGCUUGUAUCCUGUAUAAACUACUAACAUUUGUGUAUAAAUUUAAUCUUGUAUCUUUCUGGUAGUAUUGUUACCUCUCCACUGCAUUGUUUGUUGUAGUUAUGUAUGUUGUGAUGGAAGAAAUGCAUUCCAAGAAUCAGAUAUGUCUAGCGUUGUAAAAUAAUCUCUCAGUUAAUUGUUCUCUUGGAUGUAUCUUGAAACAAAGAAGAAUUUUUUUUCAAUCGUAGUGCUACAUCAGACAGACAAUUUACAAACUUAACAUUAUGGAAUGUCAAAAAUUAUCCCUUAAGUUUCCCUGUGUUUGUCAUGUUAAAUCUACUUCCGUAUCAUUAAGAUGAAAAAGACAUGGCCCUAAUGCAUUUUAUUAAACUAAUUGAAACUGUCUUUAUCUAUGGACAUAAUUUUUGCCACCUGUUUAUGUAUUCAGUUAAUGUGAAUUGCCUGUAUGUUUGUGAUGUUGGAGACGGGCUUGCAUUAAUGAAGUAUUCUGAUGUGUUUCAGGUAAACACAGAUGGCAAGUAAUGUUUGUGGUGCUAAUAUUGUUGCUAUUAUGACAAGUUUAUAGUGAAGUUUACUUAUUAGCAAUGAAAAUAUUUAAAGGUUAAUGGGAUUGCAGAUGUAUUUUUUAUCAUAUAAACUUUAUACAGCCUCUUUUGUGAGUUGGGUUGGGAGGGGGGUAAUAUUGAACCAAAUGUGUUGUGUAUGUGUCUUGACAGUGAUUUAAUUGUAAAUUGUGUAUGAAUUUUGUAAAUUUGCUUGCUGCCUUAUUUCCAUAUGUGCAGGACAUUGCACAAAUGUUGUUUGAGUCAGUGUGGUAGAAGUAUGUUUAAGUCAGUGUAAUAAAAGAUUUCUCAGCAUAGUUCAUAUUGAGCUUUGCACAAAAGUAUUGAUGUGCAAUUAAGUUACCUACAGAUUUGGUGCCGUUAUAGAUGUGGUUGUUGGAAGACUGCAUAAUAAUUGUGGCUGAUAUAUAUGUGCAUCAUAUAUUUGUAUAUAAUAUGAAACAAAGAAAUAUAUAUAUAUAUGUAUACACACUUGCAUAAGAAUUUAUAUACAUAUACAUGCGAAAACAGCAGUUAUGAAGGUAUUAAAUUAUUUCACUCAGAUUUGCAGCCAAGUAUUACAUUAAGAGAUGAUUUAUUAUUUGUGUAUAAAUAGUUUAGUAAAUAUGUAACGUGUUUAUUGGUUGGAAAGCAGCAAAUGUUAAACCAUAGAUAAUAUUAAUCUACUAAAAGUAAAAUAUAUAUAUAUAUAUAUAUAUAUAAAUAGCUGUUGAAACAGAACCAAAGUAUUUUCGGAGGGAAUUUAGUGCUUGUCAGAUACAUGCACAAUUACUUGUUCCCUGCGCAAAAUAACAGAUUUGGUACUGAUGUUUGACGUUACUCAGAUUCUAUGAGUGCAUAUAAAUAUAUAAAUAAAUAAAUAUAUAUAUAUAUUAUACAUACAAAUAUAAUAUAAAGUGAAUAUAUUUUAUGUAAGUGUAUCAGUGAUACUCUUCUGAACUAUAAGUCAAUUUUCUGCAGAAUAAAAUAAGUAAAAAGCCAAAAAUUAUAUUGGGGAUAAAAUAUUUGUCUGUCUGCUAAAAUGAAAUUGUGAAGAAGAAAAAAAAAUCAUCUUUGGGAAAUGUAUUUUGUAUGGUUCAUCCAAUUUAUGGAUUAAAUAUGAUGUUGCCUAAACUUUGUAUGUCAUGCAACAUAUCCAUAGUUUUCAUACCUUUUUAUAUAAAAAAAACUUUCCUGUUGUAUGUACACAGUGAAACAUCAUGCAAAUACCCAAAACUGUUUUGUGUGCAGUAACCCAUUUACAAGUGAUUGAAUUUGGGCAGUGCCUGUCUUUCAGAAUUGAAUCUGUUUAUUGUUGCCAGUCACAUUAGGUUGUGUUUCUUGCUGUUUGAAAAUAUUAUUGAAUUUUGUUGUAUCCCAAUCCAUAAUUAAACAAAAUGCUACUUUU